AUGAGUAAUCAACAGGCCACAGUAAAUGAACAACCUAGUAGCCAAAUCAAUCAUAGUAAGCAGGUGCCAUUUGGCUUAUUGCUCCCUAUCUUGAUUCCCCAACUUGCCAAAGAUAGAGCAAUGCAACUUACAACAUUAUUUAACAAAUUGAAGAAAGAUGAAAUACCCAAAGAUCAUUUUGUACGGCUUAUGAAAGGGAUUGUGGGGGAUCAGAUGCUUAGAAUAGCAUUGACGAAAGUGAAACAACAAACAAAAGCCAACGCAGGUUCUUCUGGACAGCAGCACCCUGUAAGGAUGCCAACGGUUACUUCCAGUGGAACAAAAUUUAAUGAUCCCCAUGCAUUAGCACAACUGCAUCAGAGAAGUAUGAAUCCUGCUACAGACCAUUCUCAUAAUACUUCUUCAGCUAUCCAAGUGAAGAGUGAACCGACCUAUUCAACUGUGGACAUUGGUGCUAAAAAGUCUCUGGAACAUGAUGUUCGAGUUUUGCAACCAAAUCAAUUACCAUCAUCAGGUUCUAAUGCCUUCAGUCAAGAAACUGAAAGAUCCUCAGUUCACAUACAAGGCCUUAAUAAGCAGCAACAGCAGCAUAUACAUUUCCCAUCGACAUAUGGAAGUAGUGGUGGUAACUAUAACCAUUUUUCCGGGACAACUACUGGUUCGUCAUCUCUCAAACCACAACCUCAUCCUCAUGAUUCACACAUAAGACAAAUUCCUCAUCAGAAUAUUGGUUUAAAUCACUUGGGUGUAGAACGACAAAGUUCUUUCACUGAUCCUAAGAGAAUGCCAGCAGAACAAAAUUCUGGCUUGUUUUCAUCUGUUUCAUAUGUAAAAAAGGAACCUAACAACCUUUCUAUUGAGCAGCAACAUAGGAAUCAUUUAUCUAAAUUGCAUGGGUUGCCUUCUGUUAAUUCUGGUCAAACUGAACAGGGUAGUGGUGUCAAUCAAGGCACUGUAAAGGAUGAGUUUUCAAGAGGUUCUUUAGCACUCACUAGCAUGCCACAUACAACAUCUUCUAGCUUGCCCACAUCAAGCUCUGCAUCUCAACUAGAUCCAACCAGCCAAACCCAGUUUGAUAACCCGAAUGAUUCAAAUAUGGAAGAGAUGCCCAUUGUACUGACAAGGUUAAGUUUAAAACUGAGCUGCACACUAAUACAAACGCUAGCAAUCAACACAAGACUAAGCUUGGUGGGAAGGCUGAAACUUCAAAAAGGCAAUUUAUCUAAUCAGAAUAAAGAGGCGGUACAAGUUGAAUUAACUGACAAAUGGUAUCUUAAUAUGCCAUUUUUGGAUGUUCCUUUGUUAAGGUUGCUGAAGGAAUUGUUUGUAGGACAGAAGCUUGAAGAAUGGGAAACAGAAGAUUAA